GAAUAGUCGAGAGUUAACCUCAAAAUACAGUUAUUCCAAAAGUGAUUUGUAUUGGAAACAAGGAGUGAUUAGUGAUACAUGGGGGUGGUAGAAGCACGAGAGGAGGAAAUACCAUCAUCUCCGGUGAAGAAAAAUAAUAGAGGCCACGUGAAUACAGAUAAACAGAUAGUGGUUUACGAAAAUCACAAAGUUAUUGUUAUGAAUAUUUGCAAAGCAUUGAAGGAAGACAAUCCACAAAUGUCACACGAAAAAACGACGACUAAAUUGAUUGUGAGCCGAAUGACGGGAAUCGGAAAAUCUAGAACCAAACAGAUUACAGCAGAGUACAUGAGAACUGGUCACGUGUCAGAACCAAAGUCGAAGAAACCUCGCCUUUCUGUAAAAGAUAAGAUCGCCGAGUUGGUUAAAAAUACGUUACGGCGACAGGUUCGUGAUUUUUAUAGAAAUAAGGAAAUGCCAACGGCGGAUAAAGUUGCCCAAGCCGUGAACGACGACGAAGCCCUUUCCGAAUGUAAGUGACAAGACCUUCCAUAAGUUAUUGCUGAAAGUUAAUUCCACUUUUACACAACGACAACAUAAUGGCACCUAGACCUCACCCAGACCUCAUAAUGGUGUGCAGCCAUUAUCCGAGAACAAUUAAAAGGUAACCGAUAGAGGGUAGGUCGACUUAU